AUGAUACACACUAUUAUAGUGAUCCAUUAUUUUUAGAUGUUAACCAUGCCAUCUAACAUGCAAAACUUGUAACGGCACAGGCCAAACUAAUUGCCUAAGUUGCGAUAUUACGUAUAGAUAAUUAGUAAUAUCAAAAUGUGA